UGGUUUGGCGGUUCAGCUAUUAGAGGAAUAAUCUAAUUUAUUCGUAUGAUGUACAGCUUGGAUUGGGUUUUGGUGAAUGUGGCGAUAGACUAAAUUUAUUUCCGUUCUAUAAAAGGUCUACGUUAAUGUAAAUCUCAAACCUUAAAAAAACAUACCAGUAACUGACAUAGUGACAGUUAACUGUUUCAUUUUUAACUACUGUGUGACUAAAAUUUUUUGGGAGAUGCUUGGAUCAUAACAAUUACAUUGAUAAUAAUAUUUGUUUAUUAAAAAUGAAUAAAUCAAAAAGUAUUCAAAAAUAUUAUAUGCGUGCAAAAAGAGUUUGUCGUGGUAGUUCUAAUAUAUCAAGUUCGAAUAUAUAUUUUGAAAGUAAUGAAAAUGAAAUAGUUGAGAAAACUGUUCAAAUUGAACAAAAUGUUGAAGAGGAAUUACCAGAUUGUUUUCCUGUUUUUGAAACCAAUUGUCUACCUGUUUCGAGUACUCAUCAAUCUGACUUUAUUGAUGCUGAUGUUGAGGAAACAAUCCUCCAUAAUAUCCAUGUUAAUGAUGAUUUUAAAACUAAAUUGAGAAAUUGGGCAUUACGUUACAAUAUCACUCAUGUAGCCCUUAAUGAGUUGUUACGUUUAUUAAAAACAACAUCGAAUGAUUUGCCUUUAGAUUCUAGAACCUUAUUGGGAACAACAAGAGAAAUAAACUCGAAACAAGUAGAACCUGGUAAAUACUAUCAUUUUGGUUUAAAAUAUUGUCUGGAAAAUAUUGUCAGCAAUUUGAGUGAGUCUAAGAGAAAUAUGGAAUUAAUCGAGAUAAACAUAAAUAUUGAUGGUUUGCCACUAUCAAAGAGCUCAAGUAGCCAAGCUUACCCGAUACUAUGUAGUAUAGUUGGUUUUAAUUUUGUGGACAUGGUUGGUAUAUACCAUGGCAAUGAAAAACCAAAAAAUGCUAAUGAAUUUUUGGCAGAAUUUGUAGAGGAUAUCACCAGUAUUAUUAAUAAUGGUACUGUUAUAAAUGGCAAGUUUUAUAAUGUAAAAAUUAAAGCUUUUAUAUGUGAUGCACCAGCAAAAUCUUUCAUUAAAUAUACAAAGAGCCACACAGGAUAUUCAUCUUGCAGUAAGUGUCAAAUAGAGGGCGAUUAUAUAAACAAUAGGGUUUGUUUUCCUAAUGGUAAUAAUAAUAUUCAGUUAAGAACCGAUUUAGAAUUUAGGUCUAAAGUAGAUGAAAAUCAUCAUAAUGGUACAUCACUAAUUGAGAAUAUUCCCGGAAUAGAUAUGAUUAAUAGCUUUCCUCUCGAUUAUAUGCAUUUGAUUUGUUUAGGAGUUAUGAAAAAGAUUCUAUUACUUUGGUGUUGUGGCAAACCAUCAACAAAAAUUUCUUUUCAAAAAAUCUCAACAAUAUCUUCUUUACUAAUUAAAUUAUCUCCAUACAUAACUCGCGAAUUUAAUAGAAAACCAAGAAGUUUAAAUGAAUUAAAGCGAUGGAAAGCAACAGAGUUUCGCCAGUUUUUGUUCUAUACAGGGCCUUUGGUGCUUAAAAAUAAUAUCAGUAAAGAUAGGUACCAUAAUUUUCUAGCUUUACACGUUGCUGUAACUAUUUUAUCCAAUUCACAGUAUAAGGCACAAAUUAAUUACGCUUUUGAGUUAUUAAAUUAUUUUGUAAAUACUUUUAAAAUUUUAUAUGGAUCUGAACAAAUAUCUCAUAAUGUACAUAACUUGUUGCAUUUAGUACAAGAUGUCAAAAAUCAUGGAUCACUGGAUAGUUUCAGUGCAUUUCCUUUUGAAAAUUUUCUUCAAAGCAUCUUAAAGUCUCUUCGAAAAUGUGAUAAACCCUUAGAGCAAAUAGUAAAACGACAUUCUGAAAAAAUAAAUGUUUCAAGUAUCAGUAAACAAAAUAAAACAUUUCCAAUCUACAGAGAUCAACAUUAUCCUACGUUGUUAUUAAAUUAUGAAUUUUCGAAACAUUUUAAAACAGUUGCUUUUGAACAUUAUAUUUUAUGUAUUGAAGAACCAAAUAAUUGUUGCCAUUUAAAAACUGGUGAAAUAAUCAGUAUUAGAGAUAUAGUUCUCUAUCAAAAUAGAUAUAAAAUUGUUGGUAGCAAAUAUUUGAAUUUACGAUCCGUUUAUGAUGUUCCAUGUAAAUCAUCAGAAUUUGGAAUUUAUGAAUCAGUCAAGGUCAAUGCAAAUAAUUUAGGAGCUUCUGAACUCUUUGACGUUGAUAAUGUUGAUUACAAAUGUAUAAAAUUUGAGUAUCCUGAAAAAUCUGUAAUUUUGCCAGUUCUACACACAUCACAUGACACUACUAUAUAGUUACUAUUAUAUAAGGAUUU